ACCCUGCAAGCAACAUCAGUCUCCAUCCCUACUGUUCCUCUGGUGAACCAGGCUAACUUGAAUUUGCAGCAAGAUGCCUGAACUCCUGCAAGGAAUUGUCAUCAUCAUCAAUAAUUUUUACCAAUAUGCCACCAAAGAUGGGAACUGUGACAUGUUGAGCAAAAAAGAGAUGAAAGAACUUCUGGAAACCGAGUUUCACCAAAUUCUUAAGAAUCCAGAUGAUCCAGACACGGUAGAUAUCAUCAUGCAAAGUCUGGAUCGAGAUCAUAACCAUAAAGUAGAUUUUACUGAGUAUCUUCUAAUGAUACUCAAGCUGGCUAAGGCUUGUAACAAAAUUAUUGGCAAAGAUUACUGCCACGCUUCAGGGUCAAAGCAGAAAAAUAAAAGUCACCAGCACCAAGAGGAACAGAGUGAAAAAGAAACAGAAAAUGAAGAGCAAGAAGCAUCUUCAAGUUAUUCAAGUUCUAGUGCAGGAGAGAGUGACUCUUAUUCCAGAGGCUCAAGAGGAAGCAAUAAUUACAAAACAAAAAAACCAACAAAAGGGAAGGAGCAAAUUUCUGAACAAAAGACAAAAUCAAAUUCAAGUCAUUUCCAAAAUAGUGAGGAAUAUGAGCGAGGCCAGCAUGGAUCAGGACAUUCCCAGUCACCUAGGAACAGCAGACCUAGCUCCAGGAAAGCUUCUGGGUUUCCUCAACAUGUAUCUAAAUCAGGACAAUCUACUAGCUCCACUGGACAGGGAUCCGGUGACUGUCAGUCUUCUGGUAAUGAAAAACAUGGUUCCUCAUCAAGAGAAUCAUCAGGAUGUGGCACAAGUCAGUCCACUACAAAUGAUCAACAAGGUUCAGGAUUGAGUCAGUCAUAUAGCCACAGUCGAGGCAGGUCUACCUCAAGAAAGUCUUCUACCUCUCAACAGUAUAAAUCUCGAUCAGCAGGAUCUGGCUUUAGUCAAAAUGGAUGUGAGCAAAGUCAAUCUUCUCAUCAUGGAAAAAAUGGUUCUUUCUCUGGACACUCAGCAAGUGGUCAACAGCAUGGAUCUUGUUGUGGUCAGUCUUCUGGGAAUGGUCAAAAUGAAUAUGGCUCAGGACAGUCUCCCAGCUCUGGAGAGCAUGGCUCUCAUUAUGGUCAGUCUUCCAGCUAUGGCACACACAACUCAGGGUCAAGCCAAUCUCCUACCCAGAAAAGACAUGGCUCUGGUUCAAGACAGACUUCUGGUUUGGCUCACUAUGGCUCCACAUCAGGACAAACUUCUAGCUCCACGAGACAGGGUUCUAGACGAGGUCAGUCCUCUGGAACUGAACAACAUGGUCUUUCAUCAGGACAGUCUUCAAGCUGUGGGUCAGGUCAGUCCACCAGCUAUGGUCAACAAGGAUCAGGAUCAAGUCAGUCAUAUAGCCACAAUCGAGGCAGGUCUAGUUCAAGGGAGUCUAAUACAUCCCAAGAGUAUAGAUCUGGAUCAGGAGAAGCUUCUGGCUUUGGUCAACAUGCAUCUGGGCAAGGUCAGUCUUCUCGUAGUGGACAAAAUGGUUCUUUCUCUGGACAGUCAGGAAGUAGUCAUCAGCAUGGAUCUUGUUGUGGUCAGUCUUCUGGGAAUGGUCCAAAUGAAUAUGGCUCAGGACAGUCUCGCAGCUCUUGGCAGCAUGGCUCUCAUUAUGGUCAGUCUUCCAGCUAUGGCACACACAACUCAGGGUCAAGCCAGUCUCCUACUCAGAGGAGACAUGGCUCUGGUUCAAGACAGUCUUCUGGUUUAGCUCACUAUGGCUCCACAUCAGGACAAACUUCUAGCUCCACGAGACAGGGUUCUAGACGAGGUCAGUCCUCUGGAACUGAACAACAUGGUCUUUCAUCAGGACAGUCUUCAGGCUGUGGGUCAGGUCAGUCCACCAGCUAUGGUCAACAAGGAUCAGGAUCAAGUCAGUCAUAUAGCCACAAUCGAGGAAGGUCAAGCUCAAGGGAGUCUAAUGCAUCCCAAGAGUAUAGAUCUGGAUCAGGAGAAGCUUCUGGCUUGGGUCAACAUGCAUCUGGGCAAGGUCAGUCUUCUCGUAGUGGACAAAAUGGUUCAUUCUCUGGACAGUCAGGAAGUAGUCAUCAGCAUCAGUCUGGCUCUAUGCAUGGCUAUGGCUCAGGACAGUCUCGCAGCUCUGGGCAGCAUGGCUCUCAUUAUGGUCAGUCUUCCAGCUAUGGCACACACAACUCAGGGUCAAGCCAGUCUACUACUCAGAGGAGACAUGGCUCUGGUUCAAGACAGUCUUCUGGUUUAGGUCAAAAUGGCUCCACAUCAGGACAAACUUCUAGCUCCACGAGACAGGGUUCUAGACGAGGUCAGUCCUCUGGAACUGAACAACAUGGUCUUUCAUCAGGACAGUCUUCAAGCUGUGGGUCAGGUCAAUCCACCAGCUAUGGUCAACAAGGAUCAGGAUCAAGUCAGUCAUAUAGCCACAAUCGAGGCAGGUCUAGUUCAAGGGAGUCUAAUACAUCCCAAGAGUAUAGAUCUGGAUCAGGAGAAGCUUCUGGCUUUGGUCAACAUGCAUCUGGGCAAGGUCAGUCUUCUCGUAGUGGACAAAAUGGUUCUUUCUCUGGACAGUCAGGAAGUAGUCAUCAGCAUGGAUCUUGUUGUGGUCAGUCUUCUGGGAAUGGUCCAAAUGAAUAUGGCUCAGGACAGUCUCGCAGCUCUGGGCAGCAUGGCUCUCAUUAUGGUCAGUCUUCCAGCUAUGGCACACACAACUCAGGGUCAAGCCAGUCUCCUACUCAGUGGAGACAUGGCUCUGGUUCAAGACAGUCUUCUGGUUUAGGUCAAAAUGGCUCCACAUCAGGACAAACUUCUAGCUCCACGAGACAGGGUUCUAGACGAGGUCAGUCCUCUGGAACUGAACAACAUGGUCUUUCAUCAGGACAGUCUUCAGGCUGUGGGUCAGGUCAGUCCACCAGCUAUGGUCAACAAGGAUCAGGAUCAAGUCAGUCAUAUAGCCACAAUCGAGGAAGGUCAAGCUCAAGGGAGUCUAAUGCAUCCCAAGAGUAUAGAUCUGGAUCAGGAGAAGCUUCUGGCUUGGGUCAACAUGCAUCUGGGCAAGGUCAGUCUUCUCGUAGUGGACAAAAUGGUUCUUUCUCUGGACAGUCAGGAAGUAGUCAUCAGCAUGGAUCUUGUUGUGGUCAGUCUUCUGGGAAUGGUCCAAAUGAAUAUGGCUCAGGACAGUCUCGCAGCUCUGGGCAGCAUGGCUCUCAUUAUGGUCAGUCUUCCAGCUAUGGCACACACAACUCAGGGUCAAGCCAGUCUCCUACUCAGAGGAGACAUGGCUCUGGUUCAAGACAGUCUUCUGGUUUAGGUCAAAAUGGCUCCACAUCAGGACAAACUUCUAGCUCCACGAGACAGGGUUCUAGACGAGGUCAGUCCUCUGGAACUGAACAACAUGGUCUUUCAUCAGGACAGUCUUCAAGCUAUGGGUCAGGUCAGUCCACCAGCUAUGGUCAACAAGGAUCAGGAUCAAGUCAGUCAUAUAGCCACAAUCGAGGAAGGUCAAGCUCAAGGGAGUCUAAUGCAUCCCAAGAGUAUAGAUCUGGAUCAGGAGAAGCUUCUGGCUUGGGUCAACAUGCAUCUGGGCAAGGUCAGUCUUCUCAUAGUGGACAAAAUGGUUCUUUCUCUGGACAGUCAGGAAGUAGUCAUCAGCAUCAGUCUGGCUCUAUGCAUGGCUAUGGCUCAGGACAGUCUCGCAGCUCUGGGCAGCAUGGCUCUCAUUAUGCUCAGUCUUCCAGCUAUGGCACACACAACUCAGGGUCAAGCCAGUCUCCUACCCAGAGGAGACAUGGCUCUGGUUCAAGACAGUCUUCUGGUUUAGGUCAAAAUGGCUCCACAUCAGGACAAACUUCUAGCUCCACGAGACAGGGUUCUAGACGAGGUCAGUCCUCUGGAACUGAACAACAUGGUCUUUCAUCAGGACAGUCUUCAGGCUGUGGGUCAGGUCAGUCCACCAGCUAUGGUCAACAAGGAUCAGGAUCAAGUCAGUCAUAUAGCCACAAUCGAGGCAGGUCUAGUUCAAGGGAGUCUAAUGCAUCCCAAGAGUAUAGAUCUGGAUCAGGAGAAGCUUCUGGCUUGGGUCAACAUGCAUCUGGGCAAGGUCAGUCUUCUCAUAGUGGACAAAAUGGUUCUUUCUCUGGACAGUCAGGAAGUAGUCAUCAGCAUGGAUCUUGUUGUGGUCAGUCUUCUGGGAAUGGUCCAAAUGAAUAUGGCUCAGGACAGUCUCGCAGCUCUUGGCAGCAUGGCUCUCAUUAUGCUCAGUCUUCCAGCUAUGGCACACACAACUCAGGGUCAAGCCAGUCUCCUACUCAGAGGAGACAUGGCUCUGGUUCAAGACAGUCUUCUGGUUUAGCUCACUAUGGCUCCACAUCAGGACAAACUUCUAGCUCCACGAGACAGGGUUCUAGACGAGGUCAGUCCUCUGGAACUGAACAACAUGGUCUUUCAUCAGGACAGUCUUCAGGCUGUGGGUCAGGUCAGUCCACCAGCUAUGGUCAACAAGGAUCAGGAUCAAGUCAGUCAUAUAGCCACAAUCGAGGAAGGUCAAGCUCAAGGGAGUCUAAUGCAUCCCAAGAGUAUAGAUCUGGAUCAGGAGAAGCUUCUGGCUUGGGUCAACAUGCAUCUGGGCAAGGUCAGUCUUCUCAUAGUGGACAAAAUGGUUCUUUCUCUGGACAGUCAGGAAGUAGUCAUCAGCAUCAGUCUGGCUCUAUGCAUGGCUAUGGCUCAGGACAGUCUCGCAGCUCUGGGCAGCAUGGCUCUCAUUAUUCUCAGUCUUCCAGCUAUGGCACACACAACUCAGGGUCAAGCCAGUCUCCUACUCAGAGGAGACAUGGCUCUGGUUCAAGACAGUCUUCUGGUUUAGGUCAAAAUGGCUCCACAUCAGGACAAACUUCUAGCUCCACGAGACAGGGUUCUAGACGAGGUCAGUCCUCUGGAACUGAACAACAUGGUCUUUCAUCAGGACAGUCUUCAAGCUGUGGGUCAGGUCAGUCCACCAGCUAUGGUCAACAAGGAUCAGGAUCAAGUCAGUCAUAUAGCCACAAUCGAGGCAGGUCUAGUUCAAGGGAGUCUAAUACAUCCCAAGAGUAUAGAUCUGGAUCAGGAGAAGCUUCUGGCUUUGGUCAACAUGCAUCUGGGCAAGGUCAGUCUUCUCGUAGUGGACAAAAUGGUUCUUUCUCUGGACAGUCAGGAAGUAGUCAUCAGCAUGGAUCUUGUUGUGGUCAGUCUUCUGGGAAUGGUCCAAAUGAAUAUGGCUCAGGACAGUCUCGCAGCUCUUGGCAGCAUGGCUCUCAUUAUGCUCAGUCUUCCAGCUAUGGCACACACAACUCAGGGUCAAGCCAAUCUCCUACUCAGAGGAGACAUGGCUCUGGUUCAAGACAGUCUUCUGGUUUAGCUCACUAUGGCUCCACAUCAGGACAAACUUCUAGCUCCACGAGACAGGGUUCUAGACGAGGUCAGUCCUCUGGAACUGAACAACAUGGUCUUUCAUCAGGACAGUCUUCAGGCUGUGGGUCAGGUCAGUCCACCAGCUAUGGUCAACAAGGAUCAGGAUCAAGUCAGUCAUAUAGCCACAAUCGAGGAAGGUCAAGCUCAAGGGAGUCUAAUGCAUCCCAAGAGUAUAGAUCUGGAUCAGGAGAAGCUUCUGGCUUGGGUCAACAUGCAUCUGGGCAAGGUCAGUCUUCUCAUAGUGGACAAAAUGGUUCUUUCUCUGGACAGUCAGGAAGUAGUCAUCAGCAUCAGUCUGGCUCUAUGCAUGGCUAUGGCUCAGGACAGUCUCGCAGCUCUGGGCAGCAUGGCUCUCAUUAUGCUCAGUCUUCCAGCUAUGGCACACACAACUCAGGGUCAAGCCAGUCUCCUACCCAGAGGAGACAUGGCUCUGGUUCAAGACAGUCUUCUGGUUUAGGUCAAAAUGGCUCCACAUCAGGACAAACUUCUAGCUCCACGAGACAGGGUUCUAGACGAGGUCAGUCCUCUGGAACUGAACAACAUGGUCUUUCAUCAGGACAGUCUUCAGGCUGUGGGUCAGGUCAGUCCACCAGCUAUGGUCAACAAGGAUCAGGAUCAAGUCAGUCAUAUAGCCACAAUCGAGGAAGGUCAAGCUCAAGGGAGUCUAAUGCAUCCCAAGAGUAUAGAUCUGGAUCAGGAGAAGCUUCUGGCUUGGGUCAACAUUCAUCUGGGCAAGGUCAGUCUUCUCGUAGUGGACAAAAUGGUUCUUUCUCUGGACAGUCAGGAAGUAGUCAUCAGCAUGGAUCUUGUUGUGGUCAGUCUUCUGGGAAUGGUCCAAAUGAAUAUGGCUCAGGACAGUCUCGCAGCUCUUGGCAGCAUGGCUCUCAUUAUGCUCAGUCUUCCAGCUAUGGCACACACAACUCAGGGUCAAGCCAGUCUCCUGCCCAGAGGAGACAUGGCUCUGGUUCAAGACAGUCUUCUGGUUUAGCUCACUAUGGCUCCACAUCAGGACAAACUUCUAGCUCCACGAGACAGGGUUCUAGACGAGGUCAGUCCUCUGGAACUGAACAACAUGGUCUUUCAUCAGGACAGUCUUCAAGCUGUGGGUCAGGUCAGUCCACCAGCUAUGGUCAACAAGGAUCAGGAUCAAGUCAGUCAUAUAGCCACAAUCGAGGAAGGUCAAGCUCAAGGGAGUCUAAUGCAUCCCAAGAGUAUAGAUCUGGAUCAGGAGAAGCUUCUGGCUUUGGUCAACAUGCAUCUGGGCAAGGUCAGUCUUCUCGUAGUGGACAAAAUGGUUCUUUCUCUGGACAGUCAGGAAGUAGUCAUCAGCAUGGAUCUUGUUGUGGUCAGUCUUCUGGGAAUGGUCCAAAUGAAUAUGGCUCAGGACAGUCUCGCAGCUCUGGGCAGCAUGGCUCUCAUUAUGGUCAGUCUUCCAGCUAUGGCACACACAACUCAGGGUCAAGCCAAUCUCCUACUCAGAGGAGACAUGGCUCUGGUUCAAGACAGUCUUCUGGUUUAGGUCAAAAUGGCUCCACAUCAGGACAAACUUCUAGCUCCACGAGACAGGGUUCUAGACGAGGUCAGUCCUCUGGAACUGAACAACAUGGUCUUUCAUCAGGACAGUCUUCAAGCUAUGGGUCAGGUCAGUCCACCAGCUAUGGUCAACAAGGAUCAGGAUCAAGUCAGUCAUAUAGCCACAAUCGAGGCAGGUCUAGUUCAAGGGAGUCUAAUACAUCCCAAGAAUAUAGAUCUGGAUCAGGAGAAGCUUCUGGCUUUGGUCAACAUGCAUCUGGGCAAGGUCAGUCUUCUCAUAGUGGACAAAAUGGUUCUUUCUCUGGACAGUCAGGAAGUAGUCAUCAGCAUGGAUCUUGUUGUGGUCAGUCUUCUGGGAAUGAUCCAAAUGAAUAUGGCUCAGGACAGUCUCGCAGCUCUGGGCAGCAUGGCUCUCAUUAUGCUCAGUCUUCCAGCUAUGGCACACACAACUCAGGGUCAAGCCAAUCUCCUACUCAGAGGAGACAUGGCUCUGGUUCAAGACAGUCUUCUGGUUUAGCUCACUAUGGCUCCACAUCAGGACAAACUUCUAGCUCCAUGAGACAGGGUUCUAGACGAGGUCAGUCCUCUGGAACUGAACAACAUGGUCUUUCAUCAGGACAGUCUUCAAGCUAUGGGUCAGGUCAGUCCACCAGCUAUGGUCAACAAGGAUCAGGAUCUUGUCAGUCAUCUACCCACAGAAGAGGCAGUUCUUUUUCAAGGGGAUCUUCUGACUCACAGUGUUGUGUGUCUGGUUCAGGAGAGUCUUCUGGCUUUAGCCAACAUCAGUCUUUGCAAGGGCAGUCUUCUCACAUUGGGCAACAUGGUACUUUCUCUGGAGAGUCAUCUGGUCAUGUUCAGCAUGGACCUGCCUUUGGUCAAUCUGGAGGCUCUGUUCAGUCAUCUAACUCUGGUCAGCAUGGUUCUACUUCAUGGCAAUCGUCUGGUUUUGACCAGCAAAGACCUGGAUCACAUCAAUCUUCUUCCUGUAGUAGUCAUAAAUCUACCUGUCAAGAGUAUUCCAGCUUUGCACCAUGUAAGUCUGGUUCAUUAGAGUGUUCUGGCUUUGGUAACCAAGUAUCUAGAUCAGGUCAAUCAACUUAUGGGCAACAUGAAUGUAACAGAAAUCAAUCUUCUGGCUAUAGACAAUAUAAUCCUACAUCAGGACAGUCAUACUGUGGUGGUCAGUGUGGAUCUAAUUCAAACCAAUCUUCCAGCUAUGGAGAACAGGGACUUGGUCCUAGUCAGUCUUCUAACUAUGGCCAGUAUGGAUGCCCCUCAAGUCAUUACUCUAGCCAGAGCCAACAUGGAGGUGGGUGUAGUCAGGGUUUUAACACUGAUCAAUAUGGGUCUGGUUCCUAUUCCUCUUCUAUCUCUAGACAAAAUUGUCCAGGAUCUGGUCUGUGCCCUACUUCACAACAAUAUGGGUCUGGUUCAUGUCACUCAUUUAGCCCUGGAUCAUGUGGUUCUGGAUAUGGUCAAUAUUCUAACUUUGAGCAACCUCAGUCCAAUAGAUGUGGAAACCAGUGGGAAUCUGGCUGUGGCCCCUCAAUUUGCAAUGAAAAUCAAUCAAUAAGCUUGCAUAGACAAGUAGAAACCUCCUCACAUUGUGGCUUUGGACAAUUUUCACCGUCACAUGGACAGAUUAGAUCUGAUACUACUGGUAAAUUGUCACUUUGUAAUGUGGACAAUAGACAAGGUAACUCUGACUAUGAGAGAGUCAAGGAAAGUAAGUUUGGAAUAAGAAAUAUAGUCUCAGGUUCUCAUACUUUCAAUAGUAGCACUCCACUCUAUGAGUAUGUCCAAGAGCAGAGACGCUAA